UCCCACCCUAUCUACCUAUCUUCGUCGUCGGUCCAUGGGUGGGCCACAUUCAGAUGGCGUUGACAUCAUGGAAAGCGUUCAACUUCUUUGACGUCUCCGCGGUGAAACUCCCGGAGGAGAGCUCCUCGAUCUUCAAUUCUGACAUCCUUUCCCUCUCAACCGGCUCUGCAAACCUCUUUCUCGGAUCCAGCGAUGGCUUUGUCCAUAUCAUCUCGACGAAUUUCAAGCUUGUCCGGUCGUUCAAAGCAUCGGAGACUGGCUCUAUCGCACAUAUCAGGCAAAUAGGAGGGACAUCUCUACUGGUCACAAUCGCGGAAGAUCUCCCCAAUGAGCCGGUCGUGAAGGUCUGGGCUCUCGACAAGCCCGAAAAGAGGACCGGAGCCCCUCGAUGUCUGUCGACAACGUCGGUCCAGAAUGCGAGGCGGAUGUUUCCCGUAUCCGCGUUCGCGGUCCUUGACGAUCUGUCGCAGGUGGCAGUUGGAUUUGCGAAUGGGUCUGUUACAAUAAUUCGUGGUGACCUGAUUCAUGACCGCGGCGCCCGACAGCGUAUCGUGUUCGAAUCAGAGGAACCAAUAACUGGGCUAGAGGUGCAAAGUGGGCCAGUAUCGACUUUGUACAUCUCUACAACGAGUCGCAUUUUGGCUCUGAUCAUCUCGGGUAGAGGACAGGGCCAGCCGGCCCGCGUGCUCGACGAUAUGGGCUGUGCUGUCGGUUGCCUGAGCCUGGACAAAGACACAGGCGAUGUUCUUGUUGCCCGCGAGGAUGCAAUAUAUACAUACGGACCACACGGCCGUGGCCCCAGCUAUGCUUUCGAGAGCCGUAAGGACUUGAUCAAUACAUUCAAGGACUAUGUUGCUCUGGUUUGUCCGCCCAGAGAAUCGGCCUCAAAGCCAGACACAUUGCGAAACAUUGGUGUCAACCAGGCCGAUGAUAUAUUCAAAACGACCACAUUCACCCUGCUUGAUACCGACCUCAAGUUCAUCGCCCACUCCGAGUCUCUCGUGUCUUCCGUGAAGAACAUCUUCAUUGAAUGGGGGGAUCUAUUUCUCCUCACAACUGAUGGAAAGCUCUACCGAUAUCGCGAGAAAAGCCUCCAGCAAAAGCUCGAAAUCCUCUACCAGCGCAACCUCUACAUCUUAGCCAUCAACCUGGCACAGAAAACGGGCGUUGAUACUCUUCAGCAGAACGCAAUUUACCGCAAAUAUGGUGACUUCCUGUACCAAAGAGGCGACUAUGACACGGCGAUGCAGCAAUACCUCAGAGCCAUUGACAACACGGAACCAUCUCAAGUUAUCCGAAAGUACCUUGACACACAGCGCAUACAUAACCUCAUCGAGUACCUUGAAGAGCUCCACGAUCACGACCGAGCUACAGUCGACCAUACCACUCUGCUCCUAAACUGCUACGCAAAGCUGAAAGAUACCGGCAAACUUGAUGCGUUUAUCAAAGCUCCUGGUGAGCUAAAGUUUGACCUGGAAACUGCGAUCGCCAUGUGUAGGCAAGGAGGCUACUACGAGCAGGCCGCGUACUUGGCUACGAAAUACGGGGAGAAUGAUAUGGUCGUUGAUAUUCUCAUUGAGGACUCUAAGAAGUAUGCAGAGGCUGUCGAGUAUAUCUGGAGGUUAGAUCCGGAAUUGGCCUACCAUAAUCUGAUGAAGUAUGCCCGAGUCUUGCUCUCGAACUGCCCCGAGAAAACAACCGAACUCUUCAUCAAGUACUACAAGGGCCAAUAUACUCCGAGGACUGAGGUGGAAGUACCUUCGGUGGAGCCUCAAGCACAACCAACCAGCACUUUACAAAGCCUAGCCUCUUUCCUCCCUCUGCCUCUAAUGAACGCUAGCGCGGGACCAAAGCCAGAGGAAGUCGAAACAGCGCCUCCUGCAGAGGAUAAGGCUACCGAGCCAUCGAUAGAUUAUCAAGUUCCGAAACCGAGGACUGCAUUCUCGGUUUUCGUGGGCCAUCCGGAUGAGUUCAUCUCAUUCCUGGAGGCGCUUAUUCAACAGGAGAACUUGAAAGAGGAUGAAAAGGUAGAUCUUUAUACCACACUCUUCGAGAUGUACCUGGACACUGCUAGUCGGAAAAAGGAUGUUACCGAGAAAGAAGAGUGGGAGGACAAGGCCAAGAGGCUCAUUGAGGGCAAGGAUAUACCAAUCUCGACAUCUAGUGUCCUUUUGCUUUCUGAUCUGUCUGGCUUCCGCGAGGGUUCCACGCUCGUGCGGGAGCAAGAAGGCCUCUUGUCCGACAUCUUUAGGUCCUUUACUUCUGCCAAGGAUACCCAGGGUGCCAUUAAGGCUUUGAAAAGAUAUGGCCCAGAGAAACCUCAACUAUAUGUCGAUGCCCUCACAUACUUUGCCUCCAGCCCCCAAAUUCUGGAAGAAGCUGGAACUGAGCUGGACGCUGUUCUCAAGAAGAUUGAUGAGGGUGGUCUCAUGACACCGCUCCAAGUCAUUCAAACCCUGAGCAACAACGCUGUUGUUACAAUGGGUCGCGUGAAGAAAUACCUCAGCGAGAACAUUGAGCGGGAACGCAAGGAGAUAUCUACGAAUCGCCGCUUGAUAUCCAGUUACAGUACGGAGACAGAGAACAAACGGAAGGAGCUUGAACAACUGGGUAGCAAGCCAGUUGUCUUCCAGGCCCGUCGAUGCAUGUCCUGUGGCGGUGCCCUUGAUCUUCCUACGGUGCAUUUCCUUUGCAAGCAUUCUUUCCACCAACGGUGUUUGAACAGAGUUGAUGAAGAUGCCGAAUGCCCUGUCUGCGCACCGCAGAACUCCACUAUCAAAGCCAUCCGGAAGAGACAGGUCGAAUCUGCAGACCAACACGAUCUGUUCAAGGGUGAGCUGCAACGCUCCAAGGACCGGUUCUCGGUGGUUAGCGAGUUUUUUGGUCGGGGCGUGAUGAGACCACAGAGUACCAUGGAAUGAUGGAACAUGUAAUGAAAUCGGAGAUACCUUUAUGUAGAUACAUUAUUCUGUUUGCCUUCCGUCCACAUUUCCGGUCGCACAAUCGUUGACAAUCCCCGCAAGGCAAAUGCUACCUCAGGCAUCAUCGCUUAUCAGCACGUGCUUUCGCGUCG